AUGGACAAGGGCGACAUUCCGUAUUCUGCCAGGAACGACCUUCUUAGGCAUAAGGUCUGGACAGGUUUGUCGUCGGAAACACUGAGGCUGCAGACUAGGCAUAAGUAUGACACAGUACGAAAUUACAACGAGUUGGUACGAGAGUUGGGUCAAGUUGAAGAAAAGAUCACCCGUUCUCAGCCACGACCUAGUAAUGGUUCCAGUACACGUCCACGCCGAGCAGCUCAUAAGUCCGCCGUUGCGUCCCAAAUGCCAUCUACUUCAGAUGAGGUUAUUCCGGGUACUCUGUUAAUACUACUGGUAGUGAUAUUCGUGGAUGUGGGUGUCGUGGUGGUCGUGGAGGAAACGGUCGUGGACGUUGAAGAGGAGGUGGUUUCCAGCCUCAACAACAGCCUACUCAACAAGGUAGCUAUAGCAACCAAGAACAAACCACCUCUACUUGACGUCAAAAGUUUUAAUCUUGACGUUAGCGUUGCUGACUGUGCCAAGCUGCAAGUGUUCGGCUACAUUGAGGCAACUAUUUUAGUUCCGUGUUUAACAUAUUUUACCAUUGAUGUGCCUGUCCUCGUUGUUCCCGAUGGUAACCCGAGUCCUGAAGUUAUCGGUACAAAUGUUAUUCGCCGGUGUAAGGCAGUUUCUUUUCAGGAAACAACACAAGAUUCUAUACCAGAAUCAUGGCAGACAAAAUUUAACGCUCUGACAAGCAGCUCCCUGCCAGUGCGGUCUACGAAUAGACGCGCUAUAGAAGUGGGACCUUAUGAGAUAGUGGUUAUCAACUCGUCAGAGGCGUCGCCAACCGUGGUUGUAUUUUGUUACAGAGAUUCCAGUUAG